UUUACAGCAAAGUAAAAAAAAAUUCAUGUCAAACCUCAUUAAAGUUACGCUCAAAACAAAAACGCAAUUAAAAUAUCAUUAGUUCUUGGAAAGUGGAAAGAUUUCUCGCAGAAAAGGUCAAGAGGGCGCCUAGAGAUUGGAAUAUCAUUAUCCAACCAAGUAAAUAUUAACAAUCAAAUACAAUUUUUCAUCAGAAAGUAUUUCACUGGGGGUAUUAAAGAAGUACGAUCACGAUGCAUGGAGCGUAGAACAUCGGUCUAUGGAGCAAAAGAUGAGAACAAAGCAGCAAAUGGGAUUCCAGGUUUUGACCCACCGUUACCAAUUACCAACAUACUCUGCAGCAAAGGAACCACGAUCCAUCCGUUCCCUGCUUCAGACUUGGACACAUUUGACCAAUCCGUUGGACUUUGCCUAGAGGAUGCUGUUAACCUGAGUGCAAACAUUGCAUUUGAUUCAGCAAACGUAAGUCGCCAAGAAGUUCCUUCUGAUCGUAACCUUAUUAGCAAUUCGGAUAAGACUCAAAUUUCAUUUAAUAUAUAUCCGUCCACCGACCAAGCUCAAUCUCCAAGGUUGCAGUUAGAAAACAGUCAACAAACGAAUCUGGUCUCGAUACCAAGUGGUACUACGGAGAACUGGGGAGAAUCCAAUAUGGCUGAUAGUAGUCCGAAGACUGAUAUCUCGACAGAUGCAGAUACUGAUGAAAGAAGUCAGAGGUUCGAUAGAGGAAAAUCUAGUGCUCUUGUGGCGGUUUCUGAUUCCAGUGACAGAUCCAAGGGUAAUUUGGAUCAAAAGACUCUUCGUAGACUUGCUCAAAAUCGUGAGGCUGCUAGAAAAAGUCGAUUGAGAAAGAAGGCAUAUGUGCAACAGCUGGAGAGUAGUCGUUUGAAAUUGACACAACUGGAGCAGGAGCUUCAGCGUGCAAGGCAGCAGGGUAUCUUCAUAUCAAGCUCUGGAGAUCCAAGUCAUUCAAUGAGCGGAAAUGGUGCCAUGGCAUUUGAUGUAGAAUAUGCGCGGUGGUUGGAAGAGCAAAACCGGAAAAUUAAUGAGCUGAGAACGGCUGUAAACUCUCAUGCAAGCGAUGCAGAACUUCGAAUUAUUGUUGAUGGUGUAAUGGCUCACUAUGAUGAAAUUUUCAGGUUGAAGAGCAAUGCGUCUAAGGCUGAUGUUUUCCAUUUGCUGUCAGGCAUGUGGAAAACACCGGCCGAGCGAUGUUUCUUGUGGCUCGGUGGUUUCCGUUCAUCUGAGCUUCUAAAGCUUCUCGUAAGCCAAUUGGAGCCAUUGACAGAGCAACAGUUGGUCGGAAUUGGCAAUUUGCAGCAAUCCUCCCAACAGGCUGAAGAUGCAUUAUCUCAAGGGAUGGAGGCCUUGCAGCAAUCUCUAGCCGAGACAUUGUCGACUGGAUCUUUAGGUUCGUCGGGAUCAUCUGGGAAUGUAGCAAACUACAUGGGUCAGAUGGCCAUGGCCAUGGGGAAGCUCGGGACCCUCGAGGGGUUUAUCCGUCAGGCUGACAAUCUACGGCAGCAAACGCUACAACAAAUGCACCGGAUAUUGACGACCCGCCAGUCAGCCCGAGCACUGCUUGCUAUACAUGAUUAUUUCUCGAGAUUACGGGCUCUCAGUUCCCUCUGGCUUGCCCGACCACGGGAAUGAAAAUGUCCCGUUCUAUUUUAACUGAUAUAGGUGCUGCCGGAAAGUCAACAACGGGAGAAUACUUUUUCCGAUCUGGCAUCUGCAGGAACGUUAGGCCUAUUAACUCAUCUUUCUGUCUAAAACUUAUGUUUUAGUUUGGGUAACCCUUUGAUGUGUUGUGUUGCCUUUUGUGAAAUGGUUAUAAUUAUAUGUGCAUUUUCAGCAAACUGAACUCUGAAGUUCAAAGUCAUUUACGUA